UGUCACACAGCUCUGUCAGUGUGGUGUACUACAGACAUGUUCUUCAGCAUCUCUCUCCUUGUACUUUCUGUCCUCCAUCUGUGCGGGUCAAUGGAGAGUGGUAUUAUUGGAGGAAUGGAAGUGAAAGCACACUCCCGACCCUAUAUGGUUUCUGUUCAGAUUAACAAUAUGCACAAGUGUGGUGGCAUGCUUAUCAAAACAAAUUAUGUGCUGACUACAGCUCACUGUGUAGAUGAUAUUGAAUACUCUGGAAAGAACAAGCUGGAAGUGGUACUAGGAGCUCACAACAUCAGUCAAAAGGAGCCCCAACAGCAGAGAAUCAUAGUGAAGAAGUACAUCAAGCAUCCCUGUUACAAGAGCAAUGAACAUCCAAAUGAUAUCAUGCUACUGAAGCUGAAGUCCAAAGCCAAGCUGAAAAACGGUGUGCAAGUCAUUGAUCUUCCUAAGAAGAAUAAGAACCUUACAGCCAAUCAGAUAUGUUCAAUAGCUGGUUGGGGCAGGACAAAACAGAACAGCGCUGCAUCAAGCAUUCUACGAGAGGUGAAGCUCAAAGUACAAGAUAUCUCUGAGUGCAAGAAGCUUUGGCAACAUUAUUUUGACACGGACAGCAUGAUCUGUACUGCCCCUGAUGGAAGAGGUGCUUUUUGUCAGGGUGAUUCAGGGAGUCCUCUUAUCUGUGGAAAUGAACCACAAGGAUUAGCUGCAUAUACCUACCCUCACAACUGCUUGGACCUUCAGUAUCCAGAGGUCUAUAUCAAGCUCUCCUACUUUCUUCCAUGGAUUAAAGAAAUAAUACACUAGAGAGAGAAUUAACACAAUGGAAGUAUCCACGACCAAAAUAUGGAAGUAAAAGCAAUCACAAUAAAAUAAACAUUUUAAAUAUGAAA